UCUACACGUCCUCAAUUCCUCUCUUUCUGGUCGAUUUUACCAAGCGGUGUACCAAGCAGUGCAUCGUUAACAUUUCCCAACCUCAAAACCUCACCUCGAGCCCACAAUCAUGACAUACAUUGCUGAGUCACGUGCAACGGACGAGAAUGUCAACAAGAUCGAGGAUUACGAAAUACCGGAACCCGAACCUUUCAUCUCAUUCAAUGCCCUUAAAGAUCGGAUCAGACAUCACUACGAACUUGCAUCCGACUACUAUUACUCCCUUUGGGGCGAGCAUAUUCACCAUGGCUACUUCCUUACGCCGGCUGACACCAAGGAGAAAGCUCAAGUGCAACUCAUCGAUCUUUUAUUGGAAAAGUCCGGGCUCCCCAAGGGUAGUUCUGUCCUUGAUGUCGGUUGCGGCAUCGGCGGAACGAGCCGACACCUCGCCAAGCAUCACGGCUGCACUGUAACAGGCGUCACUAUCAGUGGGCGUCAGGUCGAGAUUGCGCGUAAGCUUACUGCUGAAGCUGGAGGCGUCAAGCCUGAUUCUCCUGAUGCGGCGGUGAAGCUUGGCGACGGAUCCGUGAAAUUCAUAGAGUUGGAUGCGGAGAAAAUGGGCGAAUUCUUUACUACGGACAAGUUUGACUGUGUGUGGAUUUCGGAAGCAAUGAGUCAUUUACCCAACAAGGAACUCUUCUUCAGGAAUGCAGCCUUCCUGCUCAAGGAUGGCGGCAAGCUGGUUGUCGCGGAUUGGUUCAAGGAUGAAGGCUUGACAGAGAAACAGUUCAAAGAUGACAUAAGCCCCAUUGAAGAUGGAAUGUUGCUCCCACCAAUGUGCACGCAGAAGGGAUAUGUCGAAAUGGCAGAGAAGGCAGGUUUGAAGGUCUUUGCCGAAUCAUUCGACAUCAGCAAGCAAGUCUCGAAGACAUGGGAUAUCUCAUGGACCCUGAUCCAGAAUCCGGCACUAUGGGCUUUUGCUGUAGCCCAAGGAAGAGAUGGCCUCGCGUUCAUGCAAGCUUUCAGAGCCAUGAGGAGAGGCUUUGCGAAUGGCACCUUCCGGUAUGCUGUCAUGGCGUUCCAGAAGUGAACGUGGUUGAAGCCAAUCACGUGCCAACAGAUGCAGACGCGAGGAAAUGGUGGCAGAACUUCCGCUUUAUAGACCUUUUAGAGAUGCAUAGAGCUUUAGCAGGCUGAGCAAUCAUCUCAGAGCAUAUGGUAGAAUGGAAGUCAUACCUUGGGACGGACUUGAACAGAGAGUGCUUGUCAAUGGCGUUGCAUCAAGGCUCUUUCCUUUUUCAAUUGCUCGCUAUGAGCUCAAUAUUUCUCGUUUAAUUCAGUAAUUUACUUGUG